ACCCACAAACCACAUGAGCGUAGCCUGCAGUCCACGCAGUCAGUGAUGUCGAUGCUCUAACCUCCCUCCUGAUUGGUGGAUGGAGGACUCUCAGGAAAAAAAAAGAAAAAAAGAGAAACAACACACACACACAAGCUGGAGAUCACAGUCGGACGGGUUUGCCGCGCUGAAAGGCUUGUCUUGGCGUGAGGCUCGAGCUUGGUGAGGAGUGCCAAAGCACCAGCUCUGACUGGAGCUCACCAGCCUCUGAAACCGGCACCAGCGGGCACACAGCAUGCAGCAGCGAGCCUCUGAGCGCAGCAGCUUUAACUGCCAGAGAAAUGACGAGGAGGCCGUGUUGGACCGAGGUGGGACUCGCUCCAUGCUCAAUACCAACUUUGAGAAAGAGGAGCUAGAAGGCCACCGCACUCUGUACAUCGGCGUGCACGUCCCACUUGGUCGAAGGUCACACAGGCGACAUCGUCACCAUGGACACCGUCACAGGAAGAGAUCAAGAGACAGAGAUUCAGGAACGGAAGACGGAAGGGAAUCUCCUUCAUACACAGACACCCCGUCCCAAAGGGUGCAGUUUUUGCUGGGGAUGGAAGAUGAGGAUGAAGAGCACAUUCCUCAUGCACUCUUCACCGAGCUGGAUGAAAUUUGUCUGAGAGAGGGAGAGGACGCUGAGUGGAAAGAGACUGCACGAUGGCUGAAAUUUGAGGAGGAUGUGGAGGACGGAGGGGAGAGAUGGAGUAAACCCUACGUAGCCACGCUGUCUUUGCACAGCCUGUUUGAGCUGCGCAGCUGCAUUCUCAAUGGCAUUGUCAUGCUGGACAUGAGAGCUAGCUCACUGGAGGAGAUCGCAGACAUGGUUCUCGACCAACAUGAGACAUCGGUCACUAUCGGAGAGGAGGUGCGUAGGAAAAUCCGCAAUGCUCUUCUAAAACAGCACCACCACCAAAACCAGAAGAAACUGGCCAACCGCAUCCCCAUCGUCCGCUCGUUCGCUGACAUCGGAAAGAAGCAAUCCGAGCCACAUUCCAUGGAUAAGAAUGGUCAGACAGUUUCUCCUCAGUCACAGCCAAGCUGCACAGAGGGCCGAGGCGAUGGCAGUCGAGAGAACAGUUCAGUGGACUUCAGUAAGAUAGAUCUCCAUUUUAUGAAGAAAAUCCCACCAGGAGCGGAAGCCUCAAACAUCCUGGUUGGAGAAUUAGAGUUCCUGGAGAAACCGGUGGUGGCGUUUGUGCGUCUUUCUCCAGCUGUGCUCCUCAAUGGAUUGGCUGAAGUCCCCAUCACCACUAGAUUUCUUUUUAUACUGUUGGGGCCGUUGGGAAAAGGACCUCAGUACCAUGAGAUCGGACGCUCCAUAGCUACGAUAAUGACCGACGAGGUGUUCCAUGAUGUGGCAUAUAAGGCAAAGGAUCGCAGUGAUUUGGUCGCUGGAAUUGAUGAGUUUUUGGACCAGGUGACCGUGCUACCACCAGGAGAGUGGGAUCCCACCAUCAGAAUAGAGCCACCCAAGAACGUGCCCUCACAGGAGAAAAGAAAGGUUCCUCCUCUACCUAAUGGAGUGACUGAGCUGGGAGAGUCAGAGGAGCAUGGAGGCCAUGGAGGACCUGAAUUACAGCGAACAGGAAUGUGUUUUGGAGGCCUUGUCCGCGAUGUAAAACGCAAAAUUCGGCACUACGUGUCUGACUACACCGAUGCCAUCAGCCUGCAGUGUCUGGCCUCCUUCCUGUUCCUCUAUUGUGCCUGCAUGUCUCCUGUGAUCACUUUCGGAGGCCUGCUUGGGGAGGCCACAGAGGGUCGAAUAAGUGCUAUAGAGUCAUUGUUUGGUGCCUCUAUGACUGGGAUAGCGUACUCUUUGUUUGCUGGGCAGCCGCUCACUAUCCUGGGCAGCACUGGUCCUGUCUUGGUGUUUGAGAAGAUCUUGUUCAAAUUCUGCAAGGAUUAUGGACUGUCGUACCUUUCCCUGCGUGUGUGUAUCGGGCUGUGGACGGCUUUCUUCUGCCUGCUCCUGGUGGCCACAGAUGCCAGUUCGCUGGUGUGCUACAUCACUCGCUUCACAGAGGAAGCCUUUGCUUCACUCAUCUGCAUCAUUUUCAUCUAUGAAGCUCUGGAGAAACUAGUGCACCUGGGAGAGACGUAUCCCUUCAACAUGCACAAUGACCUUAACAAGCUCACCCAGUACUCCUGUGUGUGCACGGAGCCAAAAAAUCCAAGCAACAGCACACUGCAACACUGGCAGGAGAACAACAUCACCAGCUCUGAGAUCGACUGGUUAGGUCUGGAUGUUAAGAGCUGUGUGAAGCUCAGGGGUGAGUUCCAAGGCAGUAUGUGUGGACAUCACGGCCCCUACAUCCCCGAUGUUCUCUUUUGGUCCGUCAUCCUGUUCUUUUCCACUGUCGCCAUGUCUUCUUUCCUCAAGGAGUUUAAAACUAGCCGCUACUUCCCCACCAAGGUGAGGGCAAUCAUCAGUGACUUUGCAGUCUUCAUUACUAUCGUCACCAUGGUGGGGACCGACUUUGCUCUGGGGGUUCCCACUCCCAAACUGCAGGUCCCCAAUGAAUUUAAACCUACCAGAGAUGACCGCGGCUGGUUCAUCAGACCUCUGGGACCAAACCCGUGGUGGACCAUCCUCAUUGCCUUCAUCCCAGCACUGCUUUGCACCAUCCUCAUCUUCAUGGACCAGCAAAUCACGGCCGUCAUCAUUAACAGGAAGGAGCACAAGUUGAAGAAAGGCUGUGGCUACCACCUGGACCUGUUUGUGGUGGGUGUGAUGCUUGGAGUGUGUUCAAUUAUGGGACUACCGUGGUUCGUGGCUGCCACCGUCCUCUCCAUCUCGCACGUGAACAGCUUGAAGCUGGAGUCUGAGUGCUCAGCACCUGGAGAGCAGCCCAAGUUCCUGGGAAUCAGAGAGCAACGCUUCACCGGCCUCAUGAUCUUCGUGCUCAUGGGCUGCUCUGUCUUUAUGACUUCUGUCCUGAAGUUCAUCCCAAUGCCUGUGUUGUAUGGUGUUUUCUUGUACAUGGGGGCGUCGUCUCUCAGAGGCAUACAGUUCUUCGAUCGUCUGAAAUUGUUUGGGAUGCCAGCAAAGCACCAGCCGGACUUCAUCUAUCUGAGACAUGUACCUCUAAGAAAGGUCCAUCUCUUCACCAUCAUCCAGCUAAGCUGCCUUGUCCUGCUUUGGGUCAUUAAAACCUCCAGGGCUGCCAUUGUUUUCCCCAUGAUGGUAUUGGCUUUAGUUUUCAUACGUAAGCUGUUGGAUUUCAUCUUUACAAAAAGGGAGCUCAGCUGGCUCGAUGACCUCAUGCCUGAGAGCAAGAAGAAGAAACUGGAGGAUGCACAGAAACAGGAGGAGGAUCACAGUGUGAUGGUGGAGGAUGAGGGAAUUGUCCAGGUGCCACUUGAAGGUCAUUACAAGGACGACCCCUCCACAGUCAACAUUUCAGAUGAAAUGACCAAGACCUCUUUUGGAAACAUCUGGAAAAGCCUCAGUACUGAUAACAGCAAAGAUGAUAAAAGUGCAAAAAGCUCCCUCUCCUAACCUCCCAGCUGCUGAUUUUCCAAAGAUCUCCAGUGAAGGACCUCAGUAGUCCUAUGAAAACAGAAGAGGUGAAGGACUGGAACAUUGACAGAGAGACGAGUUUGUGAUAUCUCGCCUUGCUUUUAAAAUACAAAAGAGAAGUAUUGUGCCACCGUAUAGCACUAAUCCAUGUUUUACUGUAGCUCACUGUGUGUAACACUGUGCUCACGACAAUACAUAUGAGGGUGAGUGUGUAACGAAUGCCUGAAAGUGUGUGUUUGUAAAGGAGGAAGCUUCAUGUGAGAUCCUUUUACAGGCUAAAAACCUUCACAAUUUGAAGCUGCUUUUGUUUUAACCUAGAUGUAUUUUUUAUGUUUUUGUAUUCCUAAUGGUAGCUUAACCUUUUCAAUAUCCUUGCCAUACAGUAUGAAAGAUGCCUACUUCAUAUAUAUAAAGAUAUGUAAUGUAUUUUUAAUGCAACUUCUUGAAGAGAAGGAUUGCGAAACAGUCAGGUGACAAAUUAAAGGGCAGAAUAACACGCGUAUACGCACCAUGAAACAUCAGGACAGUUUCAGUGCACUCUGGUAUCGAUUUCACAAACCCCUGGAACCGGUGCUGAAGGGAUAAACAGCAUUCUCGUGAGCGCCGUUUUGUGUGUCAGUACAAAAUCUCACAAAGGUCUUUUAAAUGGGUGACCUAAGGGAAGUCGUAGCAUAUGAUUUAUACUCCACUUCUAUGUUCAUUCAGUGAGAUCUCGUGCUUUAGGGAUGUGGAUCUUUAGUCAUUCUAAGAUCUGAAGUUUUAAUGUUUUGCAGUGAUUUUUUUUUUCCUUCUAAGUACAUAAGUUGUUCCAAACCAUGCCAGCCAAAUUCCUUUUUUUUUCUCUAAAAUUUGUCACCUGUCUGUAAAUAUAACUGUAAUUGUGAUAUCAAAUGAAGUAUAUAAAUAUAUACACUACACUAUUUAAAAGUAUUGUCUGACAUACUUGUUUAUGAUGUGUCGCCUCGUCAUUCCAGUCAGUGUUGAGAACUAUAUGUACAGGUGCAGUCAGAAGUUUACAUACCCUCAGAAUGAUCAUUAAUGUCACAGCAAUAUUGGGUGUUCGCUGGAUUU